GUGCUGGUCAAUAAUUUACCUUGGAAUAAUUUGAACCAGAUCUCUUCAACCUAUUUUUUUCAUUCAACCUUUCCAUAAUCUCACUCCCGAGAUUUUCAACAGACUUACAGUCUGUCACCCUAAAACACAUCAAUAGAUUAAUUUUGAACUGUUAAAUAUAUAUAAUAUUGACAAAUUAACUAAUUUUUUAUAAGCCCAAAACAAAGCUGUCUAAAACACUGCUACACCACUUAAAUAAUACCCUACAUACUAACUAUCUAUACUAAAGCAUAAACUACGUUUAAAAUAACCAAAAUAACACUGAAAAGAAAGAAAAAUAAUGAAAAAUAAGCCUACCAAGUGUCCCCAGGCAUCUUGAAAUAUUAUUUCGUAUACCCAGUAAUUAAACAGGAAGCAACAUUACGAGAGUUCACGACUUGUCAACGAUCAUCUACGACAACAGAAACUGACGACUACUUCCGGUACGUUUUUUCGUAAACAAAAUGGCCGCUUUUUGAAGAAUUAAUUUUUCAUAUGCACCACAAAAAAGAGUAAAAUUUAAUACUUCUUGUUCAAUGAUUACGGUUUUUUAAAUUGGAUAGUAUACGUAAGGGAUUAAUGUACCCUUCUGUGAAAUUUCAGCGUGCUUCGGCUAAUUUGGAAAGUUUUACAGCGGUCAGGAAAUGUGACACUUCACAAAAGUUACAAAACGAAAAUGGGCAUUUUUCUGGAGCAGAAGCAAGAGAAUUUUAUGAAAGUUUACUUAAAGAAAGUAUUGAGACUUGUUCAAAGCGUGACUCUAGGCGUAGUAAAAGGGGAGACAAUGUAGAAAGUACUGUGAAAAAUAUUUCUAAAACCAAAAAAGUCGGUGCAAAUGUGAAUAGAAAGCCUAUAAAUGUAGAUUUUAAGAGUAUAAAAAGCCCAUGUUCUAAUACAAGGCAAGAAAAUCUAUUUCUUAAAAUGGCACAAGAUGGGGAUGUUGAUGGACUACGCAGGUUUAUUAGGGAUAAUAAGGUUAAUAUUGAUGCAACAGAUCCAUUUGGUUGGACAGCUUUAAUGUGUGCGGCAAAAAGUGGCCAUAGAACAUGUGUUACGUUACUGCUGAGGGAAGGGGCUGAUGCCAAAUUGACAAACAAUCAAGGUCAAACUGCUAUGGAUAUCGCCAAAAAGUCUGGAAUCCGAGAUGUGUUUGACUGCCGUAGAAGAUCAGCACAGAAACAAAGAUCUGACGUUAGUUUGGAAUUUGCGUCUACCGUCGAACAGACGUGCGAUACUUGUAAGAUAAAGUUUUUUGGAUCAAAGCACGAGCAUGAUACGUCAACAGCACAUUUGUUCAACUGCCAGUAUAAGUCAGAAAGAACAUUCUAUCAUAUUCCUGAGGAUAAUAUUGGGUUUAAAUUGAUGAAACGGAAAGGAUGGGACAAAGAGAAAGGUGAGACAGAUGAAUAGAUUUAGAACAGACAGACAGAUGAGCAGAAGACAGACAGGUCAUACACAGAGAAGACAGAAUGACAGUGAAUGCAAAUACAUAUUAUGCAAAUACCAAACAUACAAAUAGAAAAUUGUUUGUAGAAGAUAAUCACAGAUAUGUGUAACACAUCAAUUCUCACAUGAAUUGAAUGUUCCAUUCAGCUCAGCCAAUAGACCUUUCCCCUUUUGAGUGAAAUUUUGAUCUGGACAAGUCUGGACAAAAAUUUCAUCACAGCUUGAAAGAGCACAAAAUUAGUAAUAUUCCGGAGUUUCGUUGCGAAAUGUUGUAUUAAAAUGUGGAUAAUAUAGCCUUGCGAAGUUUGCCGUUUUUCAGUCAUUUUGUAUUACAAAUGGAAAUUGAUAAUCAGUUUGAUCAUCUGAUUAUCAAUUUCACGUUUGUAAAGCAAAAUGACUGAAAAACGGCAAACUUCGCAAGGCUAUAUUGUCCGCAUUUUACAACGUUUCGCAACGAAAUUUCGCAAAGUUACAAAUUUUGUGAUGCUCUUUCAAGCUGUGAUGAAAUUUUUGUCCAGGCAUAUCUAGAUCAAAAUUUCACUCAUAAGGGGAAAGGUCUAUUAGUAGCAAUCAUUACUAUUAUCAAAAUGCAACAAGUGUUAAAUAGCCCACUCAGUCAUUCACCUUUAAUUAACAAGGCUUUUCUAGACAGGCACACAAAAUAAUGCCUAAAUUGGUUAACCCAUUAAAACCGCAAUGCACCCAAAUGCGCCCUACUUAAUUAUUUUCCUCUAACGCCAGACAAUUUCACUUGUCAGGGGAGAGUCUUGUCCAAUAAUUAAUGGUUAAACAUGAUUUGCAUAUCAGAUUGAAACUUGUCAAAUGCUCUACAAAAAUUAAAGUAGUUUCACAUGAGUGUAGACAAUGUUUUAUCUGCGACUGUUCAUUUUUACAUACAAACAACAGAACAUAAGACAGUAAGACACACAAACUUAUGUUUAACAAUUUUACUGAGAAUUCUACGUACUAGAUAAAACAUGAGCAGCCGAAGGCGAGAGUUUGUAUAUCAGAUACAGAUCGGAUGCGAAUGUUUUAUCAUACUUAAUACCCAUCUUAUGAGAUCAUUGGCGAAGUAAUUUUUAAAAUAAACAUUGUCUAAGCCGAGAAAAUCAAAGCUGAAGUUUAUGUAAAUCAGGACAAAUCUUUAUCCGAUUUACAAACAUUGAUUAAACAUUCAUUUCUUUUGUAUUUUCCUCGUGAAUUAUUUAUGAAUUUUUUAAUGUACAAUAGAACACGAUCAAAAUGUUAUAAAAAUGUCCAUAAAAUGUUAAAUGUGUGGCAUAGAAGAGGUGAAAUUUCUGCAUAAAUCCUGAAAAUAUUUAUUUUUACAUCGCCUUGUAGGUCUCGGUCCUGAAGGAACUGGGCGUAAAUUUCCUGUCAAGACAAUUCUGAAACAAGAUCGUCAAGGCUUGGGAAACAAAAGCAAGAAGAAAGCCAAGAUCACACAUUUCUCAGCGUGUGAUACGAGUGCCGUGGAAAGCACAAGGGCUGGAAUGUCAAGCAGAGGAUUCAGAGUUCCACGACAAACGUCGACGAAAAAACUUAUUCAAAAACAGGAGCGGGACAGAAAGUGGGAACACAAUUUGAGAGUUUAUAUGAAUACAGAAUGAAUAAAUAUUUAUUAUUUACAUUUAAAUGGUUGUAAAAUCAAGAAUAAUAUACAUUUAUUUACAGGUGGCUGUAUUUACAGUUGUAGUACACUGGAUAUUUAUAUAUACUAUACAUACAUUAUCAAUAUUGUAAUUAUUAUUGAAUUGUCUUAAGACUUAAGUAACUACCACAGACAAAAAAUUUUCUGAAAAUAUCAUUGUUAAAAGUUAAAAAUUUUCAACUUCAAAAUGUUUUGCAACAAAAUUUGUGUCGGCCAAUCACAUUUUAUAACAUUUUCUUCCUACAGAAAAUUCCAGGACCAUUAAUAACUUAAACAAAAAUUGUUCUCCUCUUAAAAAUCUACACCCCCAUUUCAUCUUGUAAGAUACCAAUCCCUUAAAAACGCAUCAUCUUGACGCUUGGACAACUCUAAUUCGAUGUGUGUGAAUGGCUCUCGCCAAUGUAGCAUAUAAACCACAUCUUCAUCCCUAACAACAGAUUUCACCCAAUCCAACAUCCGAUUACAGAAAUUCAAACAAACACUUCCGGCCCAUGUGUUCUGACUUUCCGCAACCGAGCUUGGCAUUUCCAGAGUAUUAAAUGUCUUGAGUUUCUUAACCACCCCAUCGUCGUUUCGAAAACCGCAAACAACUUUCGGAAUGCCAGCCAAAAAUGACUGAGCCCACCAUUUUAAAAGCUUAUACCUUUCAAAUGACCAUUGCAUACGGUCGUUCUCAACAAUCCUGCUCGUUUUCAGCUCAAUAUAGUUUAAAGGAGGGCUGGUGUUUUUAGAAUUAUUUCUAAUGCAACAGUCAACUUCUGCUCCAAAAACCAUAGAGUGUUUGUCAAGCCGGCAACGAACGACUGAACAAAAAGCUUCCGUGUUGUUUAUUGGCUCGUCGAUACCCUUACAUUUUGUCGGCUCCCUCGGACUUGUGACAUAGUCCUCAAACUUAUAACCCCAAUAACACAUCUGGUCCUGACGUUCUGAUUGGUUCAAUCUUCGUUGACGUGCCUCGGCUGUUUCCACUUCACUGAUGUAGAUUGUUCCUUUAUUUAAAGACACGGCCAUUUGCCACGGUUCUUUCCUCUCGUAUGGAGUGCACAGGAUUUUUGUCAUGUGACCUCGCCAUGUAACAAAGUCCGUAUGAAGGCU